GUUAGUGCCUGCCGCGGCUGGAGCCGCCCCUCCGCCCUGUGGCUUCGCAUCUCGGCGCCGUCGGCAGAAUGAGUCUGCAGAUUUUGAAUGCAGAGAACGGGGGCAACGGAGGAAACCUCAGCGAUGAUCUAACAGCAGAAGACUGCAGCUUUUUCUUUGCACAACCAGAACCCACAGGGAGACCUUCCAUUCUGCGCCCCUCUCAGAAGGAAAACUUGCCACCAAAAAGUGGGGCAAAAGCUAUGAAGGUGACCUUUCAUACUCCUCUCAGAGAUCCUCAGACUCGAAAACUCUUGAGUCCUGCUAUGACAGACAGACUCGAUGCUACUUUCACACUUGACGAUUCUAGUGAAGCCUUGGUGCAUGAACUUUUCUCUGCUUCUGUCAAUGAUGACAUAUGUCAACAAAAGGCUGAAGCAAACACCACAGUGUUUAAAACACAAAUGCCAGAGAAGGUCAGCACAGCUGCUUACCCAGAUGAUGAGAUGCCAGUGAGGAGUCGAGGUUCCUACAACCUUGAUUUCGAUAACUUAGACAACAUCAAUCCUUUCCAAAGUUCAGCACAGUUGCAAAAUUCUCCUGGAAACCUGCAGAAGCCUUCUGGAAGAGUGUCUAACAGUCCUGAAAAACCUGAAAAGAGUCCUGAUUCCCUUCAGCUGGAUGAACCAGCUCCUGCUUCAACCACAGCAAGUACAGAGCACUCCAGUGAGGAGAAGGUUCUCUCCUCUGGAAAAGAGCCUGUACUGAGAGAGUUGGAGUGUGACAAAGCCAAGCUGUCCCCUAAGCAAGCCAUCAGUGACUCUGUCCAGGAUGUGCGAGCUGCUUCCCCAGAUGUCAGCCAAACUGACAAUUCAACAGAAGUACCUACACCUCCUGUUCAGUUGUCUGGCAGCUUUGGUCCCAGUAGUUCUGAUGUAGCUGGUUCUUCUCAAACUGGAGAUUUGAAGCUUCAGGAUGUUUCAGUAUCAGAAAAAGUCUCCACAGAAGAGUCAAAGCCUGCAGAAGGACUGUCUGUCUCCAAAGGGGAACCUGCAGAAAAGCCUAGUGUCACCAAGGCUGAACCAGUAAAACUGGAAUUUGACUUUGAUAACACUACUGCUAGAAAGCCACCCCCUAAGAAACUAGGGAAAAGACCUGGAAUUAAACCACCUUCCAAAAAAAUUCCCAUUGCCAAACCCAAACCAGAGAAUGCUGGAGUGCAAAAUCAAAAGAUUCCCAUUGCCAAACCAGAGAAUACUGAAGUGCAAAAUCAAACUACUGCAGAAGAUGAAAUUCCUAUUCCAAAAGCAUCUUAUAAGUUGGACUGGGACAAACUUGAUGAUCCAAACUUUAAUCCGUUUGGAGGAGGCUCUAAAAUUUCUAGCUCAAAUGAGUGUUCUCAACCUGACCCUCAGAAAGCUCAACUGCAAGAGGAGCAGAAUACCACCUCAUCAAGGGAGCCUCAUCCAGUGGAGCAGGAUAAGAGACUGAGUGCCUGUGAUGCUCUUGAGAAAAGAGAACCCAAAAAUCUGGAAGUCAGCACACAAAAGAUGGUAGAAGAGAAGCCAGGAGUUCAAGCAGAAGCUGAACUUCCAGGAGAAAUAGCCAUGGAGAAGCAAAUGAGCCCAUCUAAAAUAUCUCCAGCUAAUGUCCUCUCUCAAGAUCAUUUAGUGUCUGCUGACAGUGAAAAGAAGUCACUGUUUGUGGAAGAUGUUAAACCUAGUUCCCACAGAACUGAAGUAGCAGCAGACGAGCAGGCAGCUAACACUGAACCUGAGGAACAAUUCAGGCCAUCAUCAGAAGUUCUAGGAAUGGGCAUAGACUAUCUGGAACAGUUUGGCACUUCCUCAUUCAAAGAGUCUGCCUUGAGGAAGCAGUCACUGUAUUUGAAGUUUGACCCCCUGUUGAAAGACAGCCCAAGAAAACCAAUCUCUGGCACUGCUGAAACAAAUACUCAUAUCUUGCCAGCUCCACUUCACAGUGGUCCUGCUGCUGAUUUAAGUAAACUGUUUGAGGAAGCCGAGAAGCCUGCAGUGAGCCUUCAAAGGGAGGAGAAACCCCAAGGACUGGAUCUUCUGGGAACAUUUACAAUUCCUGAAACAGAUUCUCUAAUUCCAGAUAUUUCUCCACUCCCUCUUGCUGCUUCUGCAGGCACUGCAGUGGAUGCUAUUAUAGAUGUGCUAAAAUACAGUCAAAAAGACAUGGAUGCAGCUGUUGAGCUGGUUAAAAAAGAGGUACAAGAGAAACAGUUGGAGACUGAGGAAUGGAAGAAGAAGUAUGAGAAGCUUCAUGGGGAAUAUAAGGAAAUGGGAAAAAUAGUUGCUGAGUUUGAAGGCAUAAUAACCCAAAUGAUAGGGGAUGCUCAAAAGCAGAAGGAAUUGGCAAGUAAGGAAAUGCAGAGAGCGGUGGAAGAAAAGCAACAAGCAAUUUCAGAUCUGAACUCCAUGGAGAAGUCUUUCUCUGAACUCUUCAAACGAUUUGAAAAGCAGAAAGAAGCACUGGAGGGUUACCGCCAGAAUGAAGAAGCUCUGAAAAAAUGUGCUGAGGAAUACCUGGCUAGAAUUAAAAAAGAGGAGCAGAGAUACCAAGCGCUGAAGGCACAUGCUGAGGAAAAGCUGAAGCAAGCAAAUGAGGAGAUUGCCCAGGUACGGAGCAAGGCCAAGUCAGAGGCUGCAGCACUGCAAGCCACUCUCCGAAAGGAGCAGAUGAGGAUCCAGUCCCUGGAGAAGAGCCUUGAGCAAAAGACUAAAGAAAAUGAUGAACUAACGAAAAUCUGUGAUGACUUGAUCUUGAAGAUGGAAAAAAUCUGAUAGCUUCCCUGUCUUGUAAAUAUAUCCAGUUUCUGACUUCCUGUCUUGUGUGUCCACUCACUUUUUAUGUAUGUUGGGAAGAAAUAAAAGUCUCGAUUUGCA